AAUAAUAACAUUGCUAUGUGUAAGAAAACCUUACAACGACGCUGGUUGAUUGGAUUACGAACAGACUUCAUGUCACGUGAAUCCGAACGCAUCACCAUGGUUUCCAUGCCGCACAUGCUCUGUGACGGAACUCCUUUGAUGUCGAUGAUGUAACAAACACGUUUGAAGUCCAAAACAGUGGACCACUUGUGAGUUCUGCUCAAAACACUUUAACAAGCGUUCAUAGUCCUGCUGAUUACAGAAAGAUUUGAGAAAAUUUGACCUUUUUUUCAACUUUUUUCUGUAAACACAGUUUGUAUUAAUUUGAUUUCUAGACAAAGACCUACUCAGUCAUCACAAUAGUAGUUACACAGCCAGAAGGAAUCCAUAUUUUCAUAGUUUUUCAAAGAAAACUGCAUCUCUAAAUGGAAAAACUGCUCUACAGUAUCCCAAAAGACAAGUGGGACGACUUUGUUGCUGGUAGUGCUGCGAUACAGAAAAUAUGGUUGAAGGAACAUCUGCUUUUGGACAGUACCGAUUUCUUUUCUGCUCUGGUUUUGUCCAAAGUCCAGAGCCUGCCUGUCACACGCAAGGAUGUCAAAGCCAUUGUGGGUAACCAACUACCAGAAGCUCUUGCGAAGGUCCUGAGAAGUACAGAGAUUUGUGAUUUAGAACCCAUUAAAAUGUUUAACAAAUUAGUUAUCAGAGAAGUGGCAAGCAAGAUCCAAUCCUCCACCAAUCAGGACAGUAUGAAGAAACAGUCUCAGGUCAGAAGAAGCAUGGAUAAACUAUUCCACGCGGUGGAUCGAGUUAGGGUGCUGGGACAUCAAACAGCUGUAGAUAAUGGCACAAAAGCAAAGAUUUGUAAACAGGAGAAUGUUCCGUCUACCAAUGCUGCACCACACACUUUGAGGGCACCAAGAAGAAAAGCAAAGGGUGCACCUGCGAUUUAUAAUAAAUACCAUGGAGGGAAACAAUGGUUAAAAGAGGGAGUGCCCAAGUUACCAACCAUCCCUGAAGCCACUCAGAUGGAGGAAAUGUUGGCUGAAAUCAACCAUUUUGGAUACAACAUCCAGACUUACAAUGAGAAAAGCUGAACAUGCAGUUUGCAUAUAUUUGCCAAUGCAGGUGUGGGCUAAGAUGACGGACCAAGAAACUACGGUACAAAGUCAG